GGCGACUUCGGUGAGUGAAGAUGACGUGGUGCAGUCGGUUAGCAUGGAGGCUAACUAGCUAGCUGAACAUCUCGUCAGACAGACGCUCGGUUAUAAACUCACAGGAAUCUAAUAAAGAUGAACAAAUUCGGACUGGAGGACAUUAAAGCGGUCCGUGUGGUGAUGGAUGUUAGUUUGUGUUAGUUUGUGUUCACCAGAAGAGGAACAGAUGAGUGAUGAGCUACGUGUUGUCCUGUGUGUGAAAUCCCCUCAGAGGUAUAAAGAGACGUGAGAGCCGCAUCAGUUCGUCUUCCUCGUGUGCUUCAUCAUGUUCGCCAAGCUGAAGAAGAAGAUCGCGGAGGAGGCGGCGACGGCCACACCGCGCCCCGGGCGCCUGCCCCGCUCCUACAGCAAAGAGUCCAUCACCUCAGUGGGAGCCGACUCUGGAGAUGACUUUGCAUCAGAUGGCAGCAGCUCCAGAGACGACCUCUCCUCACAGAUCCUGCGCCGGAACGAUCAGAUCCGCAAGCUGGAGGCCAAACUUUCGGACUACGCUGAACAGCUUCGGCUAAUGCAGAAGACGAAGGACAAGCUUGAGAUUGCAUUAGAGAAGCAUCAGGAUUCAUCUAUGCGGAAGCUACAGGACCAGAAUGAAAACUUCCAGGCCAACAGAGCAAAGAUGGCAGAAGGCAUGGCCUUAGCGCUGGAGAAGAAGGAUCAGGAGUGGAUGGACAAGAUGGCUGCUUUAGAGAAGGAGAAGUCCUUGUUAGAAGCUCGUCUGGAUCAGAGUCUGAGUCUGUUCCAGAAGAGAGACGAACAGGACGAGCUCGAGGGCUUCCAGAUGCAGGAACUGGCCAAAGUCAAGCACAUGCUGUUGCGUAAGGAGGAGCAGCUGAGUCAGAAGGAGCGAGAGCUGAAGCUGAGAGGAGACGAGUUGAACACGGCCCGUAUCACACUCGCUCACACUCAGGAUAAACUGUACGAGCUCGGGGAGGAGCACGAGGAAACCCGCAGCAUCAACACACAGCUACGAGCUCACAGAGACAAGCUGCUGAGCGAGAAGGACGAAGCCGAGAGGAGGAUCUCCGACCUGACGGCCAGGGAAGAAGAGCUCCAGCAGCUCGUCAGACAAGUCUCAGAGGAUUUCCAGAAGGCUCAGAGCGACGCGAGGUCUUUACAGAAGUCCAUGGAGUCUCUACAGUCCGAACACGACGAGCUGAAACUGCGGCACGUGCAGCACAAGGGCAAGGCUGCCGUGACCGAGGAAGAGCGAGAGCAUCUGUUGGCCAACCUGCAGGAGAAAGUUCUCUCUCUGGAGCGCAGGCUGGAGGCCAACCUGUCUCAGGACGAACAUCUACAGGAGCUGCUGAAGGAGAAAUUAUUAUUGGAGCAGAGGUUAGAGGAGGCCAGAAGAGAGCUGCUUGAGGAACGGACCAAUCACAUGACAACCGUGAGCUCGCUGGAAGCACAGAUUUCCAAGCUGAACACGAACAUGUCUGAGCUCCAGACGCUGCUGAGACACAAAGACGACUCGUCCAGGUCCUACAGGGAGAGAACGGAGGCACAGAUAGCUGAUUUGGAGCAGAGGCUGAACAACUCCACCACGAGGCUGAGGAGUUUGGAGGGACAGCUGGAGGAGAAAGAGACACACCGAGUAAAACUGCAGGCGGAGUGGGUGGAGGAAAGGGAGCGGUUACAGCAGCAGGUCUCCACACAGAGGCAGAGAGGACUGGAGAAAACUGCCAAGCUGGAGGAGGAGAUCCUCGUACUGCAGAGAGAGAGAGAGGCAGAGAUCAGCUCGCAUCAGGACAAUGUGAGGUUACUCGAGGAGCAGAAGGCCACCCUGUUGAAGGACAGAGCAGAGAUGGAGAACACGGUACAGAAGCUCAGCUUAGAACUGGAGAACUCCAGGGCCGAGUUGAGCAGCAGACAGACGGUGAGUGUGGAGAUCGCUAAAGCUCUGGAAGAAACCCGGAAGCAGAGAGAGGAGCUCCAACAGCAGGUCAGUGACAUGUCCGAGUCUGUGCGGAGGGCGGAGCAGGAAGCGUGUCGGCUCUCUGAGCAGGUGGGCGUGAAGGAGGUGGAGUUAAGCAGGUUAAGGGAAGAGCUGCAGGCAGCUCUUUCUGGUCUGUCCUCACUGCAGGUGGAGUGUGAGGCGCUGCGUACGGAGGCAGAUGAAAAAGAUGUUCAGAUCGAAUUGCUGCGCCAGGAAAUCCUCACACACACUCAGCAUGCUGACACAAAUCAGUCUAAGGCGCGCGAUGCACAGGGUGACGUUGAAAGCGUCACGGCUCAGCUGCAGGAUGAGGAGGUGUGUGUGAGUGAACAGAACGGCAGCGUCACCGCGGGCGAUGUGGACGAGCUGCAGAAAGCUAACAAAGAGUUAGAGCAGCAGCUUAGUGAGAAAAACAAGACGAUAAAGCAGCUGCAGCAGAGACUGACGGAGCUGAAGAGGACGCUGCAGAAAGAGCUGAAACUGAAACCUGACGCUGACUCUGAGAGUAAGGAGAAGCUCCAGGAAGGGAAGCCCAGCUCCGAGGCCCCGGGUCCAGCCACCUCUUCUACUCUAGCCCCUGGCUUCAGUCAAGGCCCGGGUCCUGCCACAUACUCGUCCAAGACGAAGGUGACGAACAGUUCGGACCUGACGGACACGAGGGAGAUCAACUUUGAGUACCUCAAACACGUCGUGCUCAAAUUCAUGUCCUCGAGAGAGGCCGAGGCGUACCAGCUGAUCAGAGCCAUCUCGGUGCUGCUGCAUUUCACACGGGAAGAAGAAGACAUGCUCAAACAGACGCUCGAGUACAAGAUGUCGUGGUUCGGCUCCAAGCCCACACCCAAAGGCAUCAUCCGGCCCUCCAUCUCAGGGACCCCAAGCAGCUGGAUGUGAGAGAGAGCGCGAAAGAGCCAGUGAGGUGACGUGGGCUCUUAAAAAUAAAUCAAUCAAUAAACAGAACUGGAAACCGGUUCCAGGCGUUGGAGCCGAGGGAAGUUCCAUAUGUUAGUCUCCUCUGGGGAAACACAUUCUUCUCUUCUGGGUUUCUUUAAGGCUUCUUCGAAUCAACCAGCUUCACUUUCUUUCCUCCAGAGAGCUGCGUGAAACCUUCCUAGCUUCGUCUGGCUUCCCAUUAAAAAGAGCGAAAUGUUUGCACUCUGUGUAAACUUCCUAAUAAGAACUGUUUUUUUUUUUCCCCUUCGGCUUCACAGAAAAAAAACUGUUCUAACACAGAGACGGUGCGUGGACUCGACACGGACGAAGCAUCUUCCCUUUACCUGUCCUGCGUACGUGUAAAUGACCACGAAGCACAUUCCGUACGUCUAUUUAUAUACCAGACUGUACAUAGCCAGCGUUUAUAAAUCAUCGGGUGUACAAUUGAUUCAGCUCUGGUUCAGAGUUGCUUGGAUCCACGUAUAUAUCACGUGAGGAACGUCCGUCCGUAGAGGGGGCGGAGCCUGGGACCUCAGCGGUGCAGUAUUAAUGCGAGCGUGCAUGACUCGUGCUCGACUCCUGGGGUUUUAAUGUGUUGUGAAAGGCGAGAGGGUAUUUAUCUAUCACAAAGCAGUUAUUUAUAAUAUUUGUAACAGAUGACGUUAACAGCAACGCGGCUACAGCCGGGAGCGAAGCGUAGGGACGCACCGAUCUGGGCCCAGUUACUAUAAACACUCACUCAUUACAUCAUCUCAAUUUGUCUUUGUGUAUUUAAGCACUCAAUGAUUCUGUCUUGGGUUUUUUUUUUCAAACCAAAAAUGCAAAAUGUUAUAUUUAAAUAUAUUUAUAAGUUAAUCGUUUUAUUUGUUUUGUUUUUUUAAUCCACCUCCUUACAAUUAAUCACGGUGAUUAUUUAACAGAUUAAAUUUCUAGUGUUUAAAUACAAUAAUACAUAUUUAAUCACAAAUACAUGGAGCUGAAUUUUACUCUGCAAAAAAAACCCCAAAAAAAAACCAUAACAUUCAUUGACCAUAAAAUUACAGAUAGAAUCUUUAUUAUUAUUAUUAUUAUUAUUAUUAUUAUUAUUCACUACAAAUCACAAUUUAUGUACAUUUGAAAGUUUCAUUUACGUUCACGAUCCAGUAGCUACUCCUUGAGGAUAUUAACGAAAACUCUGAGAGGCGGCGCCAAAUACUGGGGGCGGAGCUACAAGUCUGUAUUUUUUAGAAAAACAUCAGAGAUCAGAUCGUUGCGUCUCACAAGAAAUCUCUCCUGUAUUCCAGACUGUUUUGGGUGAGUUUCAGGUUCCGGGAUUAGAUUUAACGAUGACGGAUUUCAGUUCAGUUUGAAUUUUCACUAUCGCGUGAUCGUUAUCUAAAGGAUUCCUUUUCUUUUUAAUCUUUCAUCUCUUCUGCUGCAGAUCAAACAGGAAAUGGUUCAUUUUCCCAGCCCUCUGUGUGUGUGUGUGUGUGUGUGUGUGUGUUACCUGAUCAGGUGUGAGCAGUGUUCCUGUUUAACUAAAUUCAUCAUCUUAAGCACUUUAUUUUGAUUUGGUUUGAGUCGUAAUCUCUCCUCGUGCUCCGAUCGAAUGAAGUACCACUACACUUGAAUAAAUUAUCUUUUUGAUUUUGGACCGUA